AUGGACCCGCGUUGCAACAAACCUCGCGAUUUCGUUGCUGCCACAAAAAAUUUAACCGAAGGAAUACAAAAACAGAGGCAUCUGCAAAUGAAAUGGUUUCAGACGUACGAAUGGUUAUUGGACGAACAACAAAAAUUGAAAAAAGAACUGGAGGAGCUUUGCAAGGAAAAGGAGACGGUAAUCAAGACAGAAACGUUUGUUCGAGAAGAGGGGAAGACGUGCUUACCAUUUCCGGUUACCACGAGUGCUGAGUAUGGCUGGCUUGCAAGUAAACCAAAAUUCAAAUUGGAAAAAUACGGAUCCUACAUGCCAGAGUACCCUGAUCCCCUCCGCGACAUAGUGCCCUUAUCUGGAAACAUACCUGUCCUCGCUGCCGGCAAAGGCUACAUUUGGUAGCCAGCAACAAAUCAAAUUAUCGAGAUAGUUAAACGAGACUAUAAUAAGCAAUGUGCAUUUGCAAUUUAUUACCUUCGCAUUUGGUUCCGUCCGUUGUAAAUCCUGAUGC